UUGGCGGUAUGUGAAUUUCUGCCGUCUGUCAGAAACGCUCGCUGAUCUCCCGGUUUGUGUUUUAAUCAUUGAAGCUUAUGAGGUUAUGAAGUGAACCAGUACUAAAUAUAGAUUAGUUUAGGUGCUAGCAUAGCUCCAAUCGUUUCGUUCGAGUAGAUAGGACAAACCAACCCUUACUAGCUAGAUCAAGUGCUUGUUGCAUUCAGCCGGUGCGUGCGAGGAGUGGCGGAGCGGGUGAGGAGGUGCACGGCGCUCGGUCGCGGAUCGGGUAGAGAGUAGAGUGGCGGGCCGGUGAAGAGCGAAAGGCGGCCGAUGACUUCGGAGAGUAGUAGUCAACCGCAACAGAAGGAGGAGGUCGAGCUGGGAUCAGCCGUACGAGAUCAAAAGAAAACCGGCGAGGACCAAGGCGGCAUGGUGACCACCAAGGGGGCCGGUCUGAAUCCCAAUGCUAAAGUGUGGCAGGAAGUAUCUGCACCUAGCACCCAGGCUCCAGAAGCGGUCACAGAGACUUGCCAAUGGCCACAAGUGGAUGCUAACUCUGAGGACUUAGAGAGUUUUAAGGAGUUUGGCGUCGGCUAUGGUGACUUGGAUUCAGCCUCUCCUUUAGAGAGCAACAUGUUGAACGGCAUUGAGUCUGCAGAACUGGAUUACCCACUCUAUGAACCAGUUGAAGGUGAGGCGAUUGAGGAGCAGCCGUUGACUGAGGAGAACCUGAAGGAGUUGCUUAGGAAACAGCUGGAGUUCUGCUUCUCCAGGGAGAAUCUUUCUAAGGACCUCUAUCUAAUGUCUCAGAUGGACAGUGAUCAGUUUGUCCCUAUCUGGACCAUUGCAAGCAUGGAGGGGAUCAAACUGUUGACUACUGAUAUGGACCUGAUAACUGAAGUGCUUCGAGCUUCUCCCAUGGUGCAGGUGGAUGAGAAAGGCGAGAAGGUACGGCCCAACCACAAACGAUGUAUUAUCAUUCUCAGAGAAGUACCCGAGACUACGCCUGUUAAGGAGGUGGAGGACCUUUUUAAAAGUGAAAAGUGUCCGCCAGUUAUCAGUGUGGAGUUUGCACACAAUAACAACUGGUAUAUCACAUUCCAGUCUGACACUGAUGCACAACAGGCUCACCGGUAUUUACGCGAGGAAGUCAAAACAUUUCAGGGCAAGCCUAUUAUGGCGCGCAUCAAGGCCAUCAACACGUUCUUUGCCAAGAACCCUUACGGGGCCGUUGAUUCGGGGGCGUACUCGACUGCUCCAUCCCAAUACUCCUCUCCAGUGUACCUGCAGCAGGUGUACCAGCCCCCUCAGCAGUACCCCCUCUACAGUCUGCUGCCUCAGACAUGGUCCCCCUCACCAACCCCUUACUUUGAAACCCCUCUGGCUCCAUUUCCCAACAGCACGUUUGUUAAUGGGUUUGGCACAGCAGGAACCUACAAAAAUGGCUCGUCUCCAAUCAGUCUUACACGCAGCUACCCCCGCAACCGACUUCCUCUCUAUUCCAGAAAGAAUGUAAUCAAUGCCUUCAGGAACUACGUGAAGCCACAGUCUCGUGCUGACACAGAAUCCUUAUCCGGUGCCGGCAGCCCUCAGCCCCCGUGCACACCCAACUCUGACACCACUGCUUCCACACUCACACCCUUCUCCGAACCUCCGACUUCCCCAAGGGAGAACCACCACUCAGACCUCAGCGGACGUGCAAGGAGAGGAAGCUAUCGUGGCAUGAGGAGGAGAAGAGAUGAUGAACGAGUGAGGCAACCUUCUGAAAUGGAGGUGAAAGCUCCGCCCCCAAAGUUUGACCUUGCAGCCACUAACUUCCCACCAUUGCCAGGGGGUGUGCCAAACCAUUUACCAGGUGUUGCCUUGCAAGCAGAAUCAGUGUUGGAAAAUUGCAUGGCAGAUGUAGUUAAGGGCAUCAAUCGGGACAAGUCGGAUGCAAAUAAGCCAGAUGUUAGUCAAGACUCUGUGACGUGUCAAGUGGAUACGCAGUUAACUGUGCAGCCGCCUACACCACCUUCUCGAGCACCAAAACUCCCCGUCACAAAACCGGACACACCUGCCACAAGUGUGUCACAUCAAGUGAAGAUACAAGAGAAAGCGGUUCAGAAGAAGUCUGAUACGCCUCCUAACACUGCAUCAAACGCCACAAGCCCUGUCCAUCCUGUUCCCACCCCCAAACCUUCACACAGUCAAGCAACUUCAAACACAGUAUCUGCCCCAGUCGUACCCAUAAGCACAACUGCACAGGAGCCUCGGAAGCUGAGCUAUGCGGAGGUUUGUCAGAGGCCACCCAAAGAUCCUCCCCCUGUGCCUGUAGCCCCGCCCAGCCCGACCCCUUCUCCAACCGCUAAUCAACCUCUACGUGAGCUCCGUGUCAACAAAGCAGAAGGUCCGGCCUCGUCCCACUCCAACCCCAGCGAGAGGUUAGAGAAAGCAAGCGAAGGUCGGACAUCCAGAGAGCAGAACGGCUAUCAGCGUGGUAACGGACACAGAGGGUCAGGUUUUAAGCUCAGAGAGCAACAAAGGCGACCCCCUCAAGGUCGGCGCACCUCUCCUCAGUCGGGAUACAACCGACGCAGCGGAAAAGAACAAAACAUCCCACCCAGAUCGCCAAAGUAAUGCCUCACAAAACAUGCACAAUUGUGUAUAUUCGUAUACACGCAUAAAUACAUAGCAAGAGUAUAUAAAUCUAUAUAUAAAUCUACAUUUAAGUACUAGACUGUCUCACUGUGGUGUUGAAGAAUCCUCUUCCCCCCAAAUGACCAUGACGUCUGGGAACUCGAUCCUUUAAAAUACAAGAAAACUAUGAAAUUAAGGAAGAUGACAGACCUCUUACUUGAAAGAAGAAACUGAGGCCAUGCUUCCUGCGUUGUCCGAUUGAUCGGCUUGUGAAUGAGUUUUAAUUUUACUUUGUGUUUAAGGUCCUGGCACUAGUCUACAGUCCUGUACAUUUUUGUCUAGAAAUGAAAUGAAAAUGUGUCAUCCAUAUGAAACAACUCACACAAAGACAGCAUGGCACUGCUCUUCACCAGUCUAUACGUCGCACCUGUGCGUUAAUAUAUGUGUGUGUACGUUCGUAUUAUGUCCUGCAUUUAUGCCUAAGAUAGGGCUUGGGGAAAUCUUGUAUGGAGAUCCUUUGCCAUGCUUUUGAUGUGCAUAUUUAUAUUUUACAAAUUGCUACUGAUUUGAUUUGUGGGAGGUAAUACAUGUGGGAAACCCGUACUCAUAUCUGUCAAGAAGUACAUUUAUAGUAUAGUGGUGAUGUGACUUUUUAAAAAAACUGGUGGGACAAUGACUGACCCUUGCUCUAUUUAAAAGCAUAUCAAAGGAAUAUUGUGUCCAAUCAUGCUCACAAAUUGACAUAAAGCACAAACCCAAGCAAGCACUUCCGCUACAGUCCAAAUUUUUUUGAACUUGUGAAAAAGUCGGGUGAAUUUGUGGGCCACUUAUUCCUCAGAAUUGGUUUUAAAGCAACACCAAAGAGUUUUUUUACCUUAAAAUAACGCUUCCAAAACAGUUUCAGUCAUUCAUCCACUCUAAACAGGGUGAACAGCACUUUCACAUUCGCUUUGCAGCCCUCUAUCGGCCAAAACCGCACUAAAUAAGUUUCCAAACGUCGGGUAGUGGUCCUGUAGUCCGAGUGAAUACUACAAAAACUUGCUUUACGGCAGACCUACAAUCCAAUCAGAGCCAGCUAUGCCACAGUAUUUAUGACAGUGGGUAAUGGACAAUUACGCUUCUAACCUGUAGGGGGAGCAAAGAGCCAAAACUCUUUGGUGUUGCUUUAAGGUUUUUUUGAUGGAUUCAUCAAUGACAGCGUGUCACAGUAUGAUCAAUGACUGCUUAUUUGUCACUUUGAACAAAUUUGUUUCUGAAAAUCUCUCUUAACUGGGCUUAGUCCUUAUUAUUUGUUACCCAUUUCAAAUCGUGUCAGAAAUGGCUCUUUAUACCCUUAUAAUAGUGCACUAUUUGAGUAGACGGCCGUUUUGUAUUGGUGUCCGAAGUGAUAGUGGACACUAUCGAGUGCACUUAAUCAAUCACACAGCUAGCCGCUACCCCUUUACUGUGAGGCACGUGCCAAAUGAAUUCCCACGUCUCGACACGAUGGCUCCCGCAGCGCUUUCGGCACUUAAGGUUCGAAUUAACCCAAUCGUUUUCAUUCACUCAUUCAAGUGGACUAUAUUAAUGAACUAAUGUAGGGAAUAGUGAAUGAGGAUGGGGGGCUAUUUCAGACCCAAACAAGGUCUCUAUCCGAUUUGUAUUAUGACUCGAUUUAAAUGAUCAAAUUAUCAUUCGUCUUUAAUUUUAACCCCAGUCCAAAACUGUAAGCAAGUUGUUGUGUGUAUGAAUUGGUGAUCAGAACAGAAAACAUGAUGAAUGGAUUUAAUAGUACUAGACCUCCAUAUACAGCAGGUCAAAGAAAUGGACAAAAAUAGAUAAUGUAUUUGAGGUGUUUUGAGUUGUGUGUAGUGUUGUGUGUAAGUGUCGUAAGGUGUCAUCUGUGAUGGUCCUGUUUAUGAUGGCCGGAUCAUUAAAGGCAGGGUGCAUGAUUUUUAAAAAACACGGGAGUCGGGCUGAGUACCAAAACACACUUAACAUGUCCAUGGGGCAUGUCCACUUAACUGAUCGUUGCGUAUAUGUGGGGUGGGUCUAUCAAAAGAAGGUCCAGGUUCUAUUGGGGUGGGGUGUGUUUGUUUAGGUGAUUUCAGAGAUCAUGCACCCCACCUUUAACCGAGGAAGAUGAUCAAGCUGUGUUUUUGUGAAAAGAGUGACAUUUUUAAAGAGCCACAGUUUGUCUUCCUUUCCUUUUGAUGUGAAAGUCUUAAGUGACGUCUGUGUUUAAGUCAGGUGUUUGUGUUUAGGUGCUUUUGACCUGAGUUUUCUUUUAGUUUAGAUGCUAACAAUCAUGUUGAUUUUUUUUUUUUAUGUUCUGAGUUAGUGUGCCGUUUCUUUUGUCUGAAAUUAUUAUUUUUUUUGUUUAAGCCUGUACAUUUCAGGUUUGAUUACCUGUUUGCAUACAUUGCUCAUAAUUUUAACUUUUUUUAUUCUAUUAUUUUGUUAUAGUCGUGGGAACCUUUGAGGAAAUCUGUGAUUUGUGGCACUGUUAAUUUUGUCCAAAGCUUGAUUGACUUUAUUUUUAAAUUCAGUAGUAACUAUUCUGUUUAGAAGCCUGAAGUUUUACAUAAUGAAAUGUAUAUUCAAAUGUUUAUUGAAUCAUUGACACCUUUUCGUUCAGUGUUCUCUCUCUUAUGUCAUUCACAUGUAUGGAUGGGUUGUCCACAGAUCCAGACCAAAGUCAAAUCAGCAGAGAGACAAUCUCAGGAAGUGCUGUAAAAGUACAGUUACUCCUUCCUCACUCCUCUCUUUAUACUGCAGAGCCGCUGUUUAAUGCAUGAGUGGUUAUAUCAUGGUUUUGAUGACUAGUGAAUUCAAUGUGUGCGUAUGCAUGUGUGUUUUAGUUUUAUGAAACAACAUCAUUUGUUUAGACCUUCAAAAGGUAAUGUCCUAAUGAUUAAUUUCUUGGUUCCCUACUUUUUUUUUUUGACAGUUUGAAGAUAUAAUUUUAAGGGAAUUACUAAUGCAACAUUAUUUAUUUUGUUUUAAUGCUGUCCGUUUCUCUGUUAAACUUUCAUUAGCCUGGCUUCCUUGUCCUAACAUAAGUCUGUUAAUAGUUUGGGAUGUUAUUUCAGAUUUCUAUUUUCUAUAUUUGGCAAUAUUGUCUUGGGGCGCAAAUUGUGUAGAGACUGUGCCACUAAAAUUAGAGAAAUCAGUGGACCUGGUUUUAUUUUUUGUAUUCUUUUAUCUGAAUUAAUGGAUUUGAUUCAUUACUGGCUGUUGAAAUGUAUUCUGUUUUGUUGCUAAUCCUAUAUCACUUGUAGGCUGUAAGCUUUUUAAAACUUGAAAUGGUGCGGUUAUAAGUAGCAGGACUUUAGCCCAAAAAAAAUAAAGUAUUCAGUUUGUUUAAUCCUAUAGGGAUGGUAGGCUCUGUCCCAGGAGAAUAAGUAUAUAGCAUCUGCUGAGUGAAGUGUUUGUACAGCAUAGUAGAUGUUUAAUGAAAAAAUUCUAUAGGAAAUGGAGGAAAAAAAUAAAAGUGUUUUAAAUCUACAUGU